AUUGAUGAUGAAGUUUGUUGACGCAUAUAAGAAUUGGAAAUUGGCUUGACCAAUUUUGACUAGAUUGUACAAGUUUUGUCCAGUGUCUAUUCCUUCCUUUACUGUUGCAACCUGCGAGCUGCUGGCACACACAGUCACGCAGUAAGCUAGAGGCGCGUGGUGGUGAUUGGAGCUUCAAAUCUGGAUUUGUGGUUUCUUUAAAAGCAACAGCUUUGUCUGAGUGGGGAGGAGGAGGCCAUGGAGAAGGAGGGCCAUGACACGCCAACAUCAGAGGCCCACCAGGUAGAAUGUUUGAGACAAGAAUAAAAAUUCCAUUCUUCUAUGCACAUUAAAGAUAUGUUUUUUUUUCAUCAUGGGUCGGGUUGUUUCUUGUGUUUUGUGUUAGAAAGUUUCAUUCUUGGUCAUCAAUCCCCACAUUUGUGUUUUCUGUGGAACAAGCCAUCAUCCGGUAAGUUUUAAAAUGUAUUUUAUGUUCCACCCUUUUUUCAUCAAUCCCACCACAUGUGUUUUACGUGAACUUCUUGUACCUCCCCUGUUUCUAGUAAUUCUUGCCUACAGCGAAUUGUAGAGUUGGUGUAUGAUUGAUUCAGGGUCUUGGUGUAGUGUAGAUUUUGAAAAUCGAGCUAAGCAAUGUGAGUAUUUUGGGGAGGGUCGUGGAGGUGGUAACUGAAGUGAGGUUUUUAGAUUGAUAAAGAUCGAAGAAUGAGUUUGAAAUCUAGAAUUGUGGGGUUUAAUUUAGGGAUUAGGGGUGAUUUAGUACAUAAAGAAUCGUGGGUCUAGGAAAAUUUGCUCUUUCGACCCUCAAACUACACCGUAAAGUAGCACCAUUAGAGAGACAAAGAAUGCUCUUUUUUGUUGUUCCUUUUGUUAUCUUCAGACACGAAGUUUGAUUCUUUUGUGAAAUUACGUUAAUUUAAGCUGUUGGAGUAAGACUAUUACACGGUGCUAGAAUUAUUGCUAUUUGAUUGGGAGUUGACUUUCUUGGGCAGUCUAUGGUUAUGUGUUCCUCUGACUGUGGAUUCAAAGAUUGUAAUGCUCCCUCUGAUCUUGUUUAAAAAUGAAACUCAAUUCAAAAUUUUUUGGGCAGUUUUUGUCCUGUUGUUUCAAAUUGUACGAUGGCUGCUAAUAUUACAUAGUCAUGGGAAGGGGGCUCUGUUCAGUUACUCACUGGUGGAAGAGAUUAUUUUCUUAAGCUGAACCCUUCUUCCAUAGAUUGAAAUGACCUUCAGGGUUGAACCUGCUGCUUUCUUGUUUUCUUGUUAUUUUAUGUUCACUUCAUUCCACCUUUUGCUCUUCCCUGUCUGUCUUUUGAAUAUUCACGGAAGUUUAACUUUCGAAUUGAAGGCUUUUGUGUAAUAACUGAAAAUGACAAUAGACGAGUAAGCCUACCAUCCACUACGAAGAGUCGACUAUAAUGAUGAUAGCAGUGCUCCUGCCUUAAAAAUUAGCAAUGCUUUGAUGGGAAAAAUGAGAUGUUUUUACUUUUACAUAUGUGCUCUCUAAAUAAGAUGAGAAACUAAUGCAAGUUUUCUAUUACCUUUCAAAACUUAUUUCUCCUUUUGCUUAAAUUCUUUUGACGCAUCAUUCACAGUGGAUGAUUGAUACGCUGGUUAUUCAUUUUCUGAUUUCCAUGGCCAGGAAAAGAUGGGUUGAACUUUGAAUGCUAAAUUAAUAUUUACAAGUUCUAUUUACAACUUUCGCGUGUUUCUUUACGGAAAAAAUAAGGUUUCCACAGAGCGAUUGAUGCUUUCUAAGUUUACUUUAUGACCUUAACUGCACUGAAUCAAAAUAUUUCAUGAACUGACAUAGAGCAAUCAAAAUCUUGAAAAGGAUUUCUGACUUUUGUCCUCUUCUGUAGGCUAUUUGUUGUGAUAUCUGUGGUGAUGAAGGUGUCCGUGAUGCAAUUGUCACUUGCAUUGGAUGUGGUGCUCAUGAACAUCUGUAAGAUCUCUUCAUAUACAUGCAUCAAGACUACUUACUCUCACAUACUUAUCUUGCCUGUGCAUGCUUAGGUGGCAUUAUUAGUUGCAAUUUAGAGUUUAAUAGUUUAUCUCUUCUUACCCCCCCCCCCCUUCUGCUUGGCAAGGUUAUUUUAGUCGCACGUAUGUAUAUCGUGUUCAUUUCUAUUACCCAUGGCUUCUUUAGCAUCUCAAUACCAGAGGAUGGUCUACAAGUUUUCAACACCAUCCUUGUGGACAGUAGAGCAAUUUUUGUAGGCUGUGCAGUUGAUACUUUCUUUUAAGCCCAGUUGUGCACGAUUGUCGGAUUUAUCUUAUUCUUAAGAUUCGGCUCCUUGUUCUUCUAGCCUUACCUUCAGCAACUGAAAUAUUUAAGAAUUUAUUUUCAAUGGUAAAUCAAUCAAGCGCCCUUUCAUGUGUUGAACGAAAUCUGUCCAUGUUAGAGUUCAGAUGUGCUUCUAGUUUGCGCACCUAUUCACCUACUUGUCCUUGUUAACACAAGUUAUACAUGAUCAAGCUCCUUUUCAUGUAUGAACUAAAUCUGUUCACAUUAGUGUGUAGAUAUAAUUUUUAUUUGUGCACCUAGUCACUUAUUGUUCCUGCUAACACAAGUUGUUAUAUCAUCUCAUUUAGGAUAACAGGUCCUUUUUCUCUAUUUAUUUCUUUCUUUUUAUUUUUUAAAUUUUUCUUUUUUCUCAAUUUCACUAGUUAUUGCUUGCGCAUCGUCCAGUAUGAAUAUCCAGAAGUCUGGUAUUGUGAGGAUUGCAAAAGCCAAAAGAAAAAAAAAGAAGAAAUUUUACCAAAUCCUGUUAAAAAGGAAGAAAUUGCUAUGCAGCCAACUGGAAACAUGUAUAAAAAGCUCCCAAAUGAUUCAAGGCAGAUCUGCAUGGAACUGAAAAACAAGAUCAUCACUGGCAAAACAAAAUUUCUUUCUGCUGAGGAGGUUAUUGGGCUAACUUCAGGAGCUAAGACAUGUGUUUCCCCGGUAAAAGUUGUCCACUCUAAUUCUGUGAUUAGAAAGAAUGCUACACCUGCGUGCAAAGGCACUAUAGUCAAGUCCAAUGAUAUACCUUCAAUGUCUUCCAAGCCUCUGGCUAAACCCAAUCCCCCUUUAACACCUCCACCUUUGAAGCAUUUCAAUCCUCCCAUGGCUCAACCAGUGCCAUUAUCUUUCAAAGGAUUAAAAGGAACGAAUUUAAAUGAUGUCCCUCCGGAGAAUCUUAUGAAUGACCAGAAUCAAGCUGAUUCAACUAACCAUACUCAGAAAUCAAAAGUCAGUCACCAAACUCCUUGUAAGGAGAAGAGGCAGAAGGAACAGCCUACGGAUAUGCAAGAGGAUACUGCAAAAAUUAAGUCGGAAAAGGAAAAAUAUGUGCCAAAAGUUGAAGCUGCAUCAGUUAUGCAUUGUCAUGAAAUUGUUAUAUCAGGAACAAAUGUUAAUGACGUCCCUUUGGAGGAUCUUAUGCAUGGCCACAAUCAAGCUACUUUAAGUAACCAUAUGCAGAGACCAAAAGACAGUCACCAAAAAUUUUGUGUGGAACAGCCUAAGGGUGUGCAAGGGGAUACUGUGGAAAUUAAGUUGGAAAAGGAAGAAAAUGUGCAAGAAGCUGCGGCUGCAUCAGUUAUGCAUUGCCAGGAAAUUGUUGUAUCAGGUAGUGGUGCUUUCCAUGAUUUAGAGAUUGAAAGGACUAUUACUUCAGUCAACAGCUUUGUUGAUCCCAGUUCUGAAGCUUCCUGGAACGGAAUCUUCAAAGUUCUCACUUCUGAAAUAGGGGAUAUCAGUGAUGAGAUUGAGGCUCAUCCUCCUUGUAGAGUUCGUAAAAAGGUGUACGAGUUAACAAAGCUGAUGCCUGACAUUCUUCAGUUUGAGCUGGUUCCACGAAUGGAUCUUUGGGAGGAUUUGUCCCAGCACUUGUAUCUGGACAAAAGAGACAUAGGUCUCUAUCUUUUUCCAACAGACAUAGAGAGAUGGGAGCAGUAUCUCAAAUUGCUAAAGCAUAUGGAAGCAAAAGACUUUAUAAUGAGGACUAUAGUGGAUAGCUUGGAGCUGUUAGUGUUUCCAUCUACCCUCUUGAGUACAGAUUGCCAAGAAUGGAAUGCACGAUGUUUUCUUUGGGGAGUGUUUAAGAAGAUUAAGCCCUGCCACGCCAUUCCAAUCAAUGCAUUGGACAUGAACAAUGAUGAGGUGGACAUGGAUAUAGAUAUGAUUGGCGGAAUAGACGUUGGAACAACAGACAUUGUUACCGCGACUGAAUUAUUUAACUCGACCCCACCAGACAUGUCAGAGGACAUGGAGAUCGACCUGAUAGGUGAGGAAGCCGUUGGUAAAACAGAUAUAGUGAUUCCGAAAGAAUUCAUGCAUGUCACCACAGUUGCGCGCAUCACUGACAUCCCGCCUGGUUAUGAGAACAAGCGCUGGAAAAUGUAGCACUCUUGUGUUUUAAUGGAUAAGAAUGGGCACAUUACUGCCAUAAACUGAUAGACUGAUUGCAUUAAGGGAGGCUUGACAUUGUAAAUUGCCAGAGCGCGCUUUUCUCAGCGACGAAUUCAUCAAAACUUGGAGCUGAUUAUAUGACUCGUGAUGCUGCUAUAGAGUUUCAUAGUUAACCGCUCUCUGUGUCAUAGGGAUUGUUAGCCAUUCUAUUGAGCCGUUGAUCUUACUUGACUACUCAAUAGUCAAUGGAUUCUAGUCGUUGGAACCAUUUACUUGUUUCCGAUUUUACAUCUUUAUGGAUAUUUAUGUCCCCGAAAAAAAAAAAAAAGUCUAAUUUGUUGAAUAUCAUUUAUUCGUUUCUGAUUUUGUAUCUGUGUGGCUAAUAACACUUUCUCUGAUUUAGAAAACGAUCCCUAUUUGUUGAUUUAAAUGUUGUAAACAAUGUGAUUCUGUUUUUGAAAG